AUGUCAUCAGCAUCAGGAUCGUCUACAGGAACACCACCAACAGCAACAAUGACUACAUUUAAAGAAACCAAAUUUCCUGACUUAAGUAAAGUAGAUAUCGCUAAAGAUAUCAUGAAGGGAGUAAAAUUCAACAGACGCAACUGGACAACAUAUUUCAACACACUCAUGGAUAAUGUAACCUCGUAUAUACCAGAACCUCUACUAACAUUAGGAUUCUUUAAUGGAACUCAGAAUUACGGAUACACCUGUGAUGAUGAUAUGGCACGAAUAGGAAGAAACCCUGAUGAUGUCACUAACCAUGACAAAUUCGAAGGAAUAACAUCUUCACAUACUUGGGAAUCAAUAAAAGGACAAAUCAAAAAUAAAAGAGGAUUUGAUAAAACCUUAAAUGUAAACUAUAAUCUUACAAAUCCAAAACCAGGCCAAGGAACCUUUCAAGUAGGAUGGACAGAUGCAAAUCCCCAAAAUCCAUCAAACCAAUGUUCAUGGAUACUAUUUAUGCAUAACAAAUAUAUCAGUGCUGAAGCACAAGCAGAAGCCCAAAAGAAAUUCAAAGCACUAGUAUUUAGACCUCAAUACCUCAGCAAUCUCAAGUUACAACUAUUCAAAGCAUCUUAUUAUAAAAUGCGAGAAGAAGCAGCAAUUAACCAAUCCUUUGAAGGAGGAGCAUGGACAGACCUUAAAGAAAAACUACCUACAGGACGUUACCAAGGAGAAGACUACUUUUUCCAACUACAAUUUACAGGAGCACCAACAUCAUUCGAAACAGCAUUUGAAGCACUUGAACGAAUCUAUAGUGCAUACUAUAAUAGUAAUGUAGGAAAAUAUUUUCAAAGUAAAUAUGGCAAACCCGGAAGUAAAGAAGCAUUCUUUUCAGCAAAACGAAACUUAGCAGUAAUAGACCUAGAAAA